GGGCCGGGCCCGCGGCGCUCGGGGCCCCCCGCGCCCUUCUGCCUCUGUGCUCUCCGCACGCUCCUGGGGCCGCGCUCCUUGCAGCUGCUUAACCGCUCCUUUUAGCGCUUCGGAACCGCGUGCCCUCCGUGCUGCAUGGAAAGAGGCACAUUCCUGAGUUAGAAUUGCUUCUGGGCUGCAGCGGCGCUGCCGCAGAGUGCGGAUCGGUGCCUGCACCUUCUUUGCAGUGGCUUCUUAUUUUGAAAUUGCUUCCAGCGGCGUGGAGCUGUGGUACUGCAGUGUUUGGGUUCGGGCAGUUGUCGCUUCAAAGUGUCAAUUCGAUCUUGAAAAGUCUCCCUUUUAGUGCGUGAAGGUUGUCUGUGGGAGCUGCGGAAAGCACGGUCCGGCUCUCGCUGUCUCAGAGGUCUUUGCCUCUGAUCAGAGCAGCCUCAGAUCCCGAGAUCAGGCUAAAAGCGAGCUCUGUGCCAGUCAGGUCGCUGUUACGGCUGCUUGCUUAAAAAACCCAAAACAAACCACCAAAACCUGGUGAUGCUCGAUUCUUGGUAUUCGUUUUCCUUGGUACCAUUUUCCGAGUGAAAUGCUGAUAAUAUCUCUAGAUACCAAUAUACUGAGUAUACUAAAUACUAAUAUAUAAUUGAAACACAAGAAGUUCAACAUGAGGAAGAACUUCUUUACGUUGAGGGUGGCAGAGCACUGGAACAGGUCCCCAGGUCGUGGAGUGUCUCUGGAGGCGUCCAAAGCCCACCCACCUGGACAUGUUCCUGUGUCACCUGCUCCAGGUGACCCUGCCUUGGCAGGGGGGUUGCACUGGGAGAUCUCCAGAGGUCCCUUCCACCCCUGACAAUUCUGUAAUCCGGCUGGGGGCCGCCCCUGUCAGCCUGAGCUUGCUCUCUGUCCAGGUUUAUGCUGCUUCCUCAGAGAAGACUUCCAAAAAGGAGUUACUGAAAAUUGAGGAGCUGUCACUGUACUCCUCCCCAGCUCGUGAGACUAAAUAUGUGGAGAAUCCCAAAACAGAAUUGGAAGAGGGGGUUUCCCGUUUGCGGCAUGUUAUGGAGCCAUAUACAGCCUGGUGUCAGGAUCUUUAUGCCAAAGCUGUGCCCAAGUUAGAAAAAGCUGUUGAGCAUGGUAGAGAGGGCUAUGAAUUUCUUCAAAAACCGCCUGCUGGAUUCUAUCCAAGGCUUGGUGUGAUAAGUUUUGCUGGAAUUAUUGGAUUGUUUCUUGCUAGAGGCUCAAAAAUAAAGAAGUUGGUGUAUCCUGCAGCUCUCAUGGGUAUGGCUACCUCCAUGUAUUACCCUCAGCAAGCGGUGGCUAUUGCAAAGGUUGCUGGCACACAGCUGUAUGACUGGAGUCUUCAAGGAUAUAUUGCUGUAGAAGCUCUUUGGAAGGAUACUCCUAAGAAGAAGAAAUCAGGGGAAAGAGGUGAUAAGGGUGAUGCAGUGGGUGAGAAGCCCCUGGAAGUCCAUGCUGCUUCAAAUAAAGAGCAGACCCAGAAGUAGAAUUCUACAUCACCUGGCAUCAGACAGGUGAAUAAAAAUAUAGAUAUGAGCAACAAUUUCCCAAGAAAAAGAUGAAAACCACCUGAAUCCAUUUUGAAUGUGACUAAUCUGCCUUCUGCCUCAGGACAGUCUGAUGAUCUGCUCAGGCUGCUGGGAUGGCUGCUGUGAAAGGGCACCACGUGCUUGGGUCAGUGCUGAGACUCUGUCCUCUGUUCUGCAGUGGCACUCAAGGCUGCCCAUGCUUGUCCCAUUGCAGGAUCAACAUUGCAAGUAGCAAGUCUCAAAAUCCCUCGGUCUCUUUAUUAUUUAUAUAUAAAAUAAAAUUCCAGUUACAGAAAAUGGUCAAUUUUUUCCCCUCCUCCUGUCUUCUUUAAACUCACAGAUGUGAUGUUUGCAUAAUCUGAGAUGUUCUCUAGGUGCUGUUGACAGUGCCUGUAUUUUUACCAGCGAGGAAAGCUGAAAGUAGUAGGAUGUUUUGGCUAACAUGAGCUCACAGAAUUGGGAAUGGGAACAAUUACAAUGACUCUUGUGUUUUGUCUGAGUCCCCCCUCCUUUCUAUACACGUCCUCUGCCUCAUCAGUGCCAGCAGGAGGUGUGUAAUGAAGCAUCUGUGAGUUCCUGUCUGGUGGAUGGAUGGGAAUGGAGCUGUUAAUGCUUGUUCUUGUUUUUGCUUGAAUGAGCAGCACAAUGGGAGCCAGAAUGUUACCGUGGUGGGAACCAGCUAUAGAAUAACUUGGCUGUUUCCUUAUUCCCAGCCAGGGGAGGGGAGGAAAAAGUGAUGUGGAGGGAAAUACAAAAGGAUUUCCAGCAUUUUGAAAUCUUUGCACAAUAAAACCCUUUCAUCAUUUGCUGUCA